CAAAUAAACAAAAAAAAAGAGAGAGAGGAAGAUGGCAAACAAUAUAAAACACAGAUAAAACUGCGUUUAUUAAUUUUAUAUUUUGUGGAAAUGAUAGUAUAUUAGAUGGGGUUUGAGGGGGAGAAAACUUUCAAAAGGAAAGCUAUUUUCUUCUGUGAGUUCUAAUGGCGGUUAAGGUGGACGAAAAAACGCUACAGCAGACUUCUACGUGGGCGGUCGCUGUGGUUUGCUUCUUCUUGCUUCUAAUUUCGAUUGUCAUUGAGAAACUGAUUCACAAACUUGGAACCUGGUUAAAAAAGAAGAACAAAAAGGCUCAGUAUGAAGCUCUUGAAAAGGUGAAAGCAGAGCUUAUGCUGAUGGGAUUCAUAUCAUUACUGCUGACAAUUGGACAAAAUUACAUAUCGCAAAUUUGUAUCCCCAAGAGCAUCGCAGCAUCAAUGCACCCUUGCAGUGCAUCCGAAGAGGCAAAAAAGUAUCCACCUAAGAUAAAAGAUACUGGAAAAGACCAAGGACAAGAAGAAAACUCUGGUCGAAAGCUUCUGGAGUUGGUCGACUCUUUCAUUCCUCGAAGGAGUUUGGCAACCAAAGGUUAUGACAAGUGUGCAGAGAAGGGAAAAGUGGCUUUUGUAUCGUCUUAUGCGAUGCAUCAGCUGCAUAUAUUCAUCUUUGUUCUCGCGUUGUUUCAUGUAAUCUACUGCAUUGUCACUUAUGCUUUCGGCAAGACCAAGAUGCGAAGAUGGAAGAAGUGGGAAGAGGAGACAAAGACAAUUGAAUAUCAGUAUUCUCACGAUCCUGAGAGGUUUAGGUUUGCCAGAGAUACAUCUUUCGGGCGUAGACAUCUGAAUUUCUGGAGCAAAUCAACUAUUACACUGUGGAUUAUAUGUUUCUUUAGACAGUUCUUUGGAUCUGUGACCAAAGUUGAUUACUUAACACUAAGACAUGGAUUCAUCAUGACCCAUUUGGCUCCAGGGAGUGAUGCGAGGUUCGAUUUCCGGAAGUACAUUCAGAGAUCAUUAGACGAAGACUUCAAAACCAUCGUCGAAAUUAGUCCUGUGAUUUGGUUCGCCGCCGUGCUGUUUCUCCUGACCAACACAAAUGGAUUGCAUUCAUUCCUCUGGCAGCCAUUCAUUCCACUAGUUGUUAUUCUUAUAGUUGGGACAAAACUUCAAGUGAUAAUAACAAGACUUGGACUUAUCAUCCAAGAGAAAGGAGAGAUAGUGAAGGGCAUGCCGCUUGUUCAGCCCGGUGAUCACCUCUUCUGGUUCGGUCGCCAACGUUUCAUUCUCUUCCUCAUUCACUUAGUCCUUUUCACGAAUGCGUUUCAACUAGCUUUUUUUGUCUGGACAACGUAUGAGUUCCAGCUCAAGAACUGUUACCACAAAACCAUUGUAGAUGUGGUCACCAGAAUUUCAGUUGGAGUUAUUGUACAAAUUCUUUGCAGCUACGUUACUCUUCCUCUUUACGCUCUAGUGACCCAGAUGGGUUCGAAGAUGAAACCUACAGUGUUCAACGAGAGUAUAGCAACAGCUUUAAAGAGUUGGCAUCACACAGCUAAGAAACAAAUCAAACACGGAAGAACCUCAGGAUCAACGACACCUUUCUCUAGCCGUCCAACUACACCUACACAUGGUUCUUCUCCAAUCCAUCUCCUCCGCAAUGUCCACAAACGAAGCAGAAGCGCCGAUGGAAGCUUCGCGAACACGCUAUCUCCGAAAAACUCUGACUUCGAUUCGUGGGGUCCUGAGCCUCAGCAAGAACCUUCUUCUUCUUCAUCUACAAAUCAUCAUUCUAGGUUUGGAGAAGAAGAUUCAGAGAAGAAGAUGCCCUCUUCUUCAUCUUUGGAGCUCCCUCCUGGACCUGAACAAAUUCGAACUCACCAGCAUGAGAUUAAUAUAAGCUUAAGGGAUUUUUCGUUUAAGGGAUGAUUUAUUUUUAUGUAUGGUUAUUAAUGAUUUGUAUAUAUGUUUAUAUGCAAACAGUGUUAUUGUACA